AUGUCAUUAAUCGUUUCUGAAGCUAGCCAAAACAAUUAUUUAAAAGAUGCCCAAAAUAGCUAUAACAGUUUUAUGAAAGAAUGGAAAAUCGAAAAAAAAGUAAAUGUAAAAGACCUUUAUCAAAAUUUUGAAGUUUUUUUUUUUGAUUGUGAUGGGGUUUUAUGGAGAGGGGAUACAGUUAUUAAUGGAGCAAUAGAAGUAAUUAACAAGCUAAUUAGUGAUAAUAAACAAGUUUAUUUUAUUACAAAUAAUUCUACUAAAUCUAGAGAAACGUUAUUAGGAAAGUUUCAUAAAUUAGGGUUUACUUGUAUUAAAAAGGAAAAUAUUAUUUGCACAUCUUAUGCAAUUGCUAAAUAUUUUCAUAGCAAAGAAGAAUAUAAAUCUAGAAAAAAAAAAAUUUAUGUAAUUGGAGAAAAAGGGAUAUGUGAUGAAUUAGAUGCUUUAAACCUUGAUUGGUUAGGCAGUUAUAAAGAUAAUGAUAAAAAAGUUAUUAUAAAAGAUGAAGGUGAAAUACAAAUAGAUAAUAAUAUUGGAGCUGUUGUUGUUGCAAUUGAUUUUAAUAUUAAUUAUUAUAAAAUUCAAUAUGCCCAACUUUGUAUAAAUGUAUUAGAUGCAGAAUUUAUUGUAUCUAAUAAAGAUCCGCUUGCAAAUUUUACAUCAAAACAACAAUGGGCUGGUACGGGAUCAAUUGUUGCUUCUAUUGAACAAGUAUCUUUUAAAAAACCUAAAGUAUUAGGAAAACCAAACUUAUUUAUGAUUGAACCCAUAUUAAAAAAUCUUAACAUUGAUUUAUCAAAAGUUGUUAUGAUAGGCGAUAGAUUAGAUACAGAUAUAUUUUUUGCUCAAAACUGCAAAAUAAAAUCUAUACUUGUUUCUACUGGAGUUACCGAUGCGAAUGUGUUUUUAAAUCAUAAUAAUUUAAAUAUUAAACCUGAUUAUUUUAUGACGUCUAUUUUGGAGUUUUUAUAA